UUGUUUGCCUUUGAAGAUCCUUCAAACUCAACAUCUCAACUCACCUGGACUGUUUUACCCCUAGCGUUCAGGAAUGGCCCCCAUCUAUUUGGCCAGGCAUCAGCCCAAGACUUGAGCCAGCUCUCAUACCUGGACACUCUUGUCCUUUGGCACGUGGAUGAUUUACUUUUAGCUGCCUGUUCAGAAACCUUGUGCCAUCAAGCCACCCAAGCACUCUUAAAUUUCCUCACUACCUGUGGUUACAAGGUUUCCAAACCAAAAGCUCAACUCUGCUCACAGCAGGUUAAAUACUUAGGGCUAAAAUUACCCAAAGGCACCAGGGCCCUCAGUGAGGAAUGUAUCCAGCCUAUACUGGCUUAUCCUCAUCCCAAAACCCUAAAGCAACUAACAGCAUUCCUUGGCAUAACAGGUUUCUGCCGAAUAUGGAUUCCCAGGUACGGCAAAAUAGCCAGACCAUUAUAUACACUAAUUAAGGAGACUCGGAAAGCCAAUACCCAUUUAGUAAGAUGGACACCUGAAGCAGAAGCAGCUUUCCAGACCCUAAAAAAGGCCCUAACCUAAGCCCCAGUGUUAAGCUUGCCAGCGGGGCAUGACUUUUCUUUAUGUCACAGAAAAAAAACAGGAAUAGCUCUAGGAGUCCUUACACAGGUCCGAGGGAUGAGCUUGUAACCCGUGGCAUACCUGAGUAAGGAAAUUGAUGUUGUUGCAAAGGGUUGGCCUCAUUGUUUAUGGGUAGUGGCGGCAGUAGCAGUCUUAGUAUCUGAAGCAGUUAAAAUGAUACAGGGAAGAGAUCUUACUGUGUGGACGUCUCAUGAUGUGAACAGCAUACUCACUGCUAAAGGAGACUUGUGGCUGUCAGACAACCAUUUACUUAAAUAUCAGGUUCUAUUACUUGAAGGGCCAGUGCUGCAAGUGCGCACUUGUGCAACUCUUAACCCAGCCACAUUUCUUCCAGACAAUGAAGAAAAGAUAGAACAUAACUGUCAACAAGUAAUUGCUCAAACCUAUGCCACUCGAGGGGACCUUCUAGAGGUUCCCUUGACUGAUCCCGACCUCAACUUGUAUACUGAUGGAAGUUCCUUUGUACAAAAAGGACUUCAAAAAGCGGAAUAUGCAGUGGUCAGUGAUAAUGGAAUACUUGAAAGUAAUCCCUUCACUCCAGGAACUAGCGCUCAGCUGGCAGAACUGAUAGCCCUCACUUGGGCACUAGAAUUCGGAGAAGGAAAAAGGGUAAAUAUAAAUACAGGCUCUAAGUAUGCUUACCUAGUCCUCCAUGCCCAUGCAUCAAUAUGGAGAGAAAGGGAAUUCCUAACUUCCGAGGGAACACCUAUCAAACAUCAGGAAGCCAUUAGGAGAUUAUUAUUGGUUGUACAGAAACCUGAAGAGGUGGCAGUCUUACACUGCUGGGGUCAUCCGAAAGGAAAGGAAAGGGAAAUAGAAGGGAACUGCCAAGCGGAUAUUGAAGCCAAAAGAGCCGCAAGGCAGGACCCUCCAUUAGAAAUGCUUAUAGAAAGACACCUAGUAUGGGGUAAUCCCCUCUGGGAAACCAAACCCCAGUACUCAGCAGAAGAAAUAGAAUGGGGAACCUCAUGAGAACAUAGUUUCCUCCCCUCAGGAUGGCUAGCCACUGAAGAAGAAAAAAUACUUCUGCCUGCAGCUAACCAAUGGAAAUUACUUAAAACCCUUCACCAAACCUUUCACUUAGGCAUUGAUAGCACCCAUCAGAUGGCCAAAUCAUUAUUUACUGGACCAGGCCUUUUCGAAACUAUCAAGCAGAUAGUCGGGGCCUGUGAAGCAUGCCAAAGAAAUAAUCCCGUGCACUGCAGGCCAUACAUUUCAAUCCCUGUAUCUUUACCCUCCUUGUUAAGUUUGUCUCUUCCAGAAUCAAAGCUGUAAAACUACAAAUAGUUCUUCAAAUGGAGCCGCAGAUGCAGUCCAUGACUAAAAACUACUGUGGACCCCUGGACUGGCCUGCUAGCCCAUGCUCCAAUGUUAAUGACAUUGAAGGCACCCCUCCCGAGGAAAUCUCAACUGCACAACCCCUACUAUGCCCCGAUUCAGCAGGAGGCAGUUAAAGUGGUCGUUGGCCAAACUCCCCAACAGCAGUUGGUUUUUCCUGUUGAGAGGGGAUACUGAGAGACAGGACUAGCUGGAUUUCCUAGGCUGACUAAGAAUCCCUAAGACUAGCUGGGAAGGUGACCACAUCCACCUUGAAACACGGGGCUUGCAACUUAGCUCACAUCCGACCAAUCAGGUAAUAAGAAAAGCUCACUAAAAUGCUAAUUAGGCAAAAACAGGAGGUAAAGAAAUAGCCAAUCAUCUAUCACCUGAGAUCACAGCAGGAGGGACAAUGAUCGGGAUAUAAACCCAGGCAUUCGAGCCAGCAACAGCUACCCUCUUUGGUCCCCUCCCUUUGUAUGGGAGCUCUGUUUUCACUCUAUUAAACCUUGCAACUGCACUCUCUUUUGGUCCAUGUUUAUUAUGGCUCGAGCUCAUCUUUCGCUCGCCGCCCACCACUGCUGUUUGCUGCCAUUGCAGACCCACCAUUGACUUCCAUCCCUCCAGAUCCAGCAGGGUGUCCGCUGUGCUCCUGAUCCAGUGAGGCACCCAUUGCUGCUCCGGAUUGGGCUAAAGGCUUGCCAUUGUUCCUGCACAGCUAUGUGCCCGGGUUCAUCCUAAUCGAGCUGAA